UAGUAAAAGGGGGGAACAUUCUGGCAGAUUAUGAAAGAAAGGCCAAACUUUUAGCAAAGCCUUUGACAGUUUGUUGUGGUUGGGUUCCCUUCUUUUAUCUACUUUGUUGCCCAAGACCAAGAUCUACAGAUCAAAAUGAAGUUAAUCAUAGGCAUUGGCGGCGUGACCAACGGCGGCAAAACAACUCUGACAAAUAAACUUGUGAAGACAUUACCAAACUGCUGCGUGGUGCAUCAAGAUGACUUUUUCAAGAAACCCGCUCAGAUAGAAGUCGGGGAGGACGGCUUUAGACAGUGGGAUGUGAUCACUUCCCUGGACAUGGAAGCCAUGUUCAACACUGUCAAAGGCUGGCAAGAGAACCCUGCCAAGUUCGCUCGUUCCCACGGCGUCAGCUUGUCACAUGAGGUGGAGGAAUCGGACCCCGAGACAGGGCUCCACAUUCUCAUUGUGGAAGGAUUCCUACUGUACAACUACAAGCCUAUGGUUGACAUCUAUGACAAGUGCUACUAUAUUGCCAUUCCAUACGAAGAGUGCAAACGGAGAAGAAGUACAAGACAAUACACAGUCGCUGACCCCCCUGGGUUAUUUGAUGGUCAUGUGUGGCCCAUGUAUUUGAAACACAGAAAGGAGAUGGAGAACAACUGCAACUGCAUCAAAUACCUUGAUGGCUUGAAACCACAGGAAGAAAUUUAUAACCAGGUGUAUGAAAGCAUUCAGAACACCCUGCUGAACAUCUUAUAGCAGGAGCCGGGGAGUCUGAAGACUUGUGUAUAGACUUGUAAAUAUCACCAGCGCCAUACUUCUGCCUUCAUGUUUUUGAUCUGUAAAUAGUAACGUAACUUAUUGGAGAAACUUACGGCAGAAGCAUAGGAUUUUGUAUUUUCUUGUGUAACUUUUUCUAAAUGCAAAGUUUUUCGAAACGACGAGCCAAUUCUAGAGGCCCAGUGUUGAACCCUGGUGAACAGGUCAGAGUGCUGACCUUGUUCACAAAGUGAGACAUCCCACACUGGGAUGAAAGAAUAUGUCCCAUUCAAAGAAACAUCUGAAUUCA